AUUUAAUACAACCUUAGAAAUAAGAUGCGAGAUUUCACACUCCAGUGCAGUAGGUGGCGGUAUACACCUUUCCGUUGGUUUAAAGUCCGCCAAUAAACCAUAGACUGCAAUAAACAAGAAAUCAGAAGCAGCAGCAGCUCCGGAUUGAACUAGGCAUGAUUGUAUUGGCUACCGAUCAUACCGUAUACCUUGGUAUUUUUUCUCGGUGUACUUUUACUGGUUUAGCAUAUUUGCCACAGAUUUAAAAACACAAUACAGGUCUGAUUCAAUCAAUUGUAUGCAUGCAUCAAUCGCAAAUGCGUCACGUGAGGUCAUAGUAGCCAGAAAAAUGGCGAACGCUGAUUCCGAAAGUUUAGUCUCAAAGAAAGGUGCGAACUCAUCCAUUUGGCAGUGCUUUGGAUUCGUUGGAGAUGAGAAUGGUGACCCACUUGACACUGAUACUCCCAUCUGCAAACUGUGCAUGAAGAGCGUUGCAGCAAAAGGCGGGAACACUUCAAAUCUCCGAACUCACCUUAAAAACAACCACCCUCUCAAUGCCUCAAGACUACCGGUAUCUGCUGACCAGCCGAGGUUUCCGCGAACUACAGCAGUCACACAAACCACCGGCCCAUUUACUAGGAGUAGCAAGUGCGACAAAGACAGUCACAGAUGGAAUUUGUGCACAAGCGCGGUUACAAGAUUCCUCGUUAAGGAAAUGCUACCUUUCCGAACUGUGGAAAAACCGGCAUUCAGAGAUUUACUGAAAACUUUUAAUCCACAUUAUGAGCCGCCUUGUAGAAAUUUCUUUGCCGACAAAGCAAUUCCUGAGUUAUACGACCAGAUUCGUCAGGAUGUGCUUUGCUUGUUGUCACAUGCGGAAUACUAUGCUCUCACCACCGAUAUGUGGUCGUCUGUUGGCAUGACCACCUACAUGUCCCUCACUGUUCAUUUUAUCACACGUGACUGGAAGCUUCAAACUUAGUGCCUGGAGACGUGUUUUUUUCCAUCAGAUCACACCGCCAGCAAUAUUUGCGCUUGGUUGCGCGAGGCAGUUUGUGAAUGGGGGCUGGAAGACAGCAGAAUCUCGGGGAUAACAAUUGACAACGCACCCAACCUAAUGGCUGCAGCAAAAGACCUUGGCUGGCCAUUGGUCACUUGUUUCGGGCGCAACGUGGACCUCGCUGUUAAUCUAUCUAUCCAGGCCCAGAAACGGAGGACAGAUAGGCUGUUCGGUCUUUGCCGCUCUAUCGCCGGUGCGUUCUCGCACAGCUGGCGGCGAAAGCGUGCGCUGAUAAAAGCACAGGCAGAGCUGGGACUUCCACAACACAGCCUAAUCACAGACUGUGCUACUGGCUGGGGAAGCAAGCAAGAGAUGGUCGCUAGAAUAAUUGAACAGAAGCAGGCCAUACAAAAUGUUUUAGCGGACGACCCUAAAGCCUCUCUUACGUUGAGGCGGCAGGACACUGACAUGCUUGCAGCUGUGAACGAGGCACUGAAACCGGUGGCGGAGUUCACAAGCGUCCUCUCAGGAGAGACCCACGUCACCAGCUCCUCUGUGAUCCCCAUGCUGAGCCUGAUACGAGAGGACGUAAUGGCCCCGUCGGACGACGACGUCGCGCUGACAGCCGAAAUUAAGGCGGCGAUCGUGCGCAAGCUGGACGGGAAAUACGCCGACGAGGCCGCGCGUCUUCUGCUGCGUAAGUGCACCUGCGUGGAUCCCCGCUACGGCGGCACCUUUGAAGCGUCAGAUGAACUGAGGCAAGUGAUCGCGGGAGAGAUCGCCGCGCUUCGGAGAGGGAGACAAGUGGCCGUCAGGGUGAAGGAGGAGGAGGAGGAGGAGCAGGAGGAGGACACGAGAGAGGGACAAGCAGCCGUCGCGGUGAAGGAGGAGAACAGGAGUGAGCGACAAGCGGGCAUCAGGGUGAAGGAGGAGCACAGGAUAGAAGCGGGGGGCGAGGACACAUCAGCGGAGCAGCCCCCUGCAAAAAAGAUGAGGACUCUGGGAAGUCUGCUGGGGAAAAGGACUACAGCUGCUGUUUUAAGUGUGGAUGAACUGGCGAAAGCAGAGAUUGGAGCGUAUUUAUUGGAGCCCGUGAUAGAGGGGGAUUCUGAUCCACUGCAGUGGUGGCAGCUCAAUGAACAUCGAUACCCAACGUUGUCACAACUCGCACGCAGGUAUCUGUGCAUUUGCGCGACAAGCACGGCCCCGGAGCGACUUUUCAGUCCGGCAGGGAACGUGGUCAUUUCGUCCCGUGCGCAGCUCACACCGGAUAAGGUCAACAUGCUGGUCUUUUUGGACAGAAAUUUGGCAUAAGUGUUAAUGUAAGCCGACGGGCUCGUCCAUCACUGUUUGUUCACAUUGCAUUGCGUGAUUGAUGAUGAUGUGAUUUUAUGUCGAUGGGAAGGGCCUAAUUACACUCCUUAAGUGUUAAUAUUUUGCCUUUUUGGGCUUGGUCCCUUUUUUUGCCAGGAGUGUAUGUGUUAGCCUGAUGAAGUUUCCCCCUGUUUACAAGUUUCCCUUGGCCAACCAGUAAUGCUGUUAAUAAUUUCUUUUUUAAACAAUAGUGUUUUUGUGUAUGAAUCCCCUAAUGUUUUACUGAAAUAUAAAGCAUAUUUAAAGGCAUACAAUGCAAGAUUUUUUAGCCUUACUGUGGUCCUGUGUUUAUAGUCAAAGAAGCGUCUUCCUCAGCCUUUAACCCCGCCCGCUUGCUCCUGAGUACCGACCAAGUCACAGACACAAAAAUGUAUUAAGAACUAGCGGCGAAUAAUAAAAACAUUACAUUGUCCGAUUGGGUCCACAAACUGGACAUUUCAGUAUAAAACCUGACGUCUGGCAACCCAAGCUGGAUAGCUAGGUGUAACAUUACUUACAGGUCCAACAGAAAACAAGCCAACUCCCUGUUGAUUUUUGUCCCCUUGGUGAACUUCAGCUGACGCCACGGAGGAAAAGCAGUUUGAAGGUUAAUUCUUGUACUUGAACACGUCCUGUCCGCGUGUCUUUUUGCUUCGCUGUAUCUGGGCCAUUACAGUGACUAGCUAGCUAGCAACAAACGCUCAUGAUCCCGAACAACAGGCACUGUAGCCUCACCCACCUCACCAUCCCAAACACAUUUUAAAAUGACAAGUGCAGGUAAAGGUGCACAAAUUUUGUGAAAGUAUGCAAAGACAGGGAUCGUCUGCAUUACAGACAUGCCUUGGCAUGGUUUUUUAAUAUUUAAUAUUUUCAAGGUAAAAAUCCUGCAUAGUAUGCCUUUAAAACAUGUAAAGUGAUAGAUAUCGGUAAAAUAAUUUUGUUCAAGUACACAACUGAAAAAAUGUACCACACGUUUCCUUCAUAAUACAAUGUAAUUCAGGAACAGAGGUUUUAGUGCAUGGUUGAAAAUGUGAAACAUGCCAAGCGCAGUGUUUUAUGGAAGGACUCCAUUACCUGUUGAAGCGAGGAACAUCACAUUACAUCACACUUUUUAUUUCUAAUGUUCAGAUUUUGUGAACCAAAAAUGAGUGAGCCUGUAGUUUGUACCUCUUGUACAAUGGUUUCUAUGUCCUCUGAUGGUCCUAUACCCUGUCUGGUGGUGAACAUCUCAUGGUAUGUUGCUUGAUUUCUCUCUCUCCAUCUCCCUCUCUCCCUCCUCUCCCUUUCUCUCUCUCUGUGCUGCUGGACCCCACUCCCACUCUGGGGGCGAGGCCAUGGAGAUGUCAUCAGCAGUGAGUGAUCAUCUGUGAGUGAUCGUCUCCUUUGUCUGUGCUCUUCUCUCCCAUCAAAUCAGCUUUCGACUCCAGCAGACACUACAGCCCUCCAGAAUUGCAGCCGCACACUAGCCGAUGCUCUCACACUCCACACUGUGCAUACAAUGCAGACCCAGGAGGGCAGUGCCUCCCUGAGGGGUGAAUGGGGAGAGAUACUAAACAUAUGCCAUAUUUUGGUAUCUGGGUACCACCGGCGCUGAAGACCCAGGCAUACUAGCCAGCAGGAGAGGCGGCUAUCUUGCUCCUGCGUAUCGGAACACAAACAGAAGGGAGCGGAGCAGUCAGAUGGAAGUCCGGGUGCAGUGUAAAGAGACACAAAAGGGGAGGAUUAGGGAUGGGCAGCAAUGUAGUACAAAGGGGAUAGAAACUGGGCCGGCAACCAAAAAGGUUCAGGUUCGAACUUGGAUUCCUACGUAGGCGUACUGCCGUUGUACCCUUGAGCAAGGUACCUGAAUUGCGUCAGUAUAUAUCCAGCUGUAUAAAUAGACACUGUAAAAGAAGAUUUAAAAAAUAGUGAAGUUGUGUAACUCACUCUUGAUGACAGCAUCUGUUAAAUGGCAGUGAUGUAAUAUAAAAUUGUAAUGAAUGGAGGUGAAAAGAAGGCAUUGGGGCUGAAGGAGGGACAAUAAGAAUGAGAGAAUUGCAGUAUUCACUGUGAUAACUGCUUUUUAUAUAUGUCAGUCCUUCCUGACGUUGAGUUGUAAAUUAGUUUUUUUUUUUAUCAUUAAAUCAAUUUUGUAUAAGUA